GAGGAGUGAAUUAGUCCUCUGGAGCUCUAUUCCCAUGUUUGGUCACAGUCAGGUGGUAAAGCCUCUGGGACAGACAUGAAGGACCCACAACUCCCUGGCAUCAAAACACGGCUAUGGCCAAAGCCAAAAACGAGCAAAAAUGCCAAAGACGACUCCACAAAAGUGGAAAAGUCAGCGCCUCCCCUGGCUUCUGCUGCCACCAGUAUCAUCCCACAGCUCACCGAGGCAGAAAGAGUCAAGCAGACUCCCAUCGAAAAGGUCAUCUAUGACAUGGCGCACAACGAGAGGAUAGUCAGGGACCUGAUGCUCGGUCGGCGGGUUGGGUUUUACGAGCUCCGUGGUGAGGUCGGCCAGGGAAACUUCUCGACAGUGAAGCUGGGCAUCCAUGCCUUGACUAAAGAGAGAGUUGCUGUUAAAAUUGUUGACAAGUUGCGUCAAGACAAGAAGAGCCAGCCUUUGGCCUCCUGUGAGAUCAGCUGCAUGGAGAAGCUGAGCCAUCCCAAUGUAGUGCGCCUUUAUGAGGUGAUAGAGACCACCAGAAGGCUGUAUCUGGUGAUGGAGUACGGCAGCGGUGGGGACCUGUUCUCCAGAAUCACCACCAGGGGGAAGCUGAACGACCUGGAAACGAAGCUGGUGUUUGCACAGAUCGUCUCCGCUGUGAAACACAUGCAUGACAACAACAUCGUGCACCGGGAUCUUAAAGCCGAGAACAUCUUCUACACCACCAGCUAUUGCAUCAAGGUUGGGGACUUUGGUUUCAGUACAGAAUGUGGCCCUAAUGAGCUACUCACCAGUUUCUGUGGCUCCCCACCUUACGCUGCGCCUGAACUCUUCAAGCAGAAAGGCUACCUCGGACGCUAUUCGGACAUCUGGGCUCUUGGUAUUCUCUUGUACUUCAUGGUGACAGCAACUUUACCCUUCUAUGGAGACAACCUUGGGAGGCUGAAGCGCUGCAUCCUGCAGGGGUCUUACAGCAUUCCUUCAUUCGUACCUGAUCCGUGCCAGCUGCUCAUUAAGGGCAUGCUGCGGAUUGUGCCUGUGGACCGCUCCUCCCUCACAGACAUUACAAACAGCAGCUGGCUGAAGGGAAUAGAGUACCCUCGUCCAUAUGUCUCUUUACCCACAUCUCCAGCCCACUUCGCUCAGGCCAAUCUGACUCUGAGUAUGGAGGAGCAGGAGGUAAAGAAUUUCCUCUCAGGUUUAGGCAUUUCGAAGGUUCAUCUGGAAAACAAUCCAUGUUCAGACUGUAGAAGCCCGCUGACGGGGACCUACAGGAUCCUCCUGCAUCGGUCUCAGAAGAGGAGGCUCGUGGAGGCCGUGGGAUACUCGGCGCAUCACCCUGAUGAGUACAGGAGUCCUAGCAAAUGGUCGGAAGCAUCUGUUACCAAACAUGUUCCCUCUGCUGUCUGUGUGAUACUGUAAUACAAAUCAACAGUAGUGGGCCUGGUGAUGGAUGCUCGUUCAGGCCUUGUCCACACUAACCUGGAUUACCUGCAAACCGGAGAUUUUCUUUUCCUCUGUGUCUGAGAUUUGUGUGAUCUGUUUUCAACAUGGAGGUCAGUUUUCAGUGGCGUAAUAGAGGCCCACUUUGCACAUGCCUACUCUGGCUUUUUGUGCUAUUAGCCACAACAACAAUAGAGCAUUUUAUACAUCUUUUUUUCUGAUUCUGUUACCCUCAAACUGAACUGAAGAAGUUAUUGACUGAGAAUAAAAAGCAAACUGUGUCAAAAAAAACAAAAAACAAGCUGCAGUUGUUAUUGGAGAAUCUGCAUUUUAGCACUGCUUUUCUGUGCUUAGGGUCUUCUUUUAAAUUUAAAUGAAUAUAGUUGAUGUUUUUAAUGGGAAGUACAGUGGCUUAGUAUUCCUGUGAGUUAGGAACCACAGCUGCCUAUAAAUAGCUAAAAUCAGUGAAUACUUGAGACUCCCUCUAAAAAUGCUAAAACUACCUAUUUCAAUAGUUGACACAUAUCAGAUACACCAUAAUGUACAUUAACCCACAGUGGAAACUAUUGUAGCACUUAAGCAGAAACUAAUAUCUACUGUCUUUCUUAUUUCCCCUCUCGUGGGUACAGUCAAUCAAAUGAUGCUCCUGGAUAACAACCAACAAUGCAUCAAAUAUUUAUUAAAUACGCUAUAUUUCAAUGCUUCAUUUUGUUUUGAAUAUUAUAGAUGUGCUCUACAAAAUCAAAACUGCAAAUAGACUGUUGCUAAUACUUAGCUGCAAAUACUUUGCAGUUACGUUCCUCAGAAAAUUCUCCAAUUGGUGAAUCCACAGAUAGAAAGGGGCCCACUGUGAAGGAACAAAUGCUAUUU